AUGGAGUUUAAUUCCCUUGAAAAGGUAUUAUGUUAUUAUAAGGAAUAUGGUAAAAAAUGUGGGUUUGGGAUGAUGACAAAACGGACUAAUAGGGAAGAAGAUGACUCUGUUAGAUAUGUCACUCUUUGUUGUGCCCGUGGUGGGAAGGCCCAGAAUAGGACGUUGAAUGUUGUCAAAUCACGUCCGACAGGAAGGACAGAAUGUAAGGCAAGGAUUAAUGCCUUAAGGCAAUAUGGAGUGCUGAGGUUGACGAUAGUACAUAAUAUCCAUAACCAUGGCCUCAGUCCAAAGAAAUCCCACUUCUUUCGAUGUAAUAGAGAAGUUAGUGAUGCCGUAAAAAGAGUCCUAGAUACCAAUGAUUUGGCUGGCAUCCGAGCUAGUAAGAGUUAUGGAUCUCUUAUUGUUGGAGCGGGUGGAUUCAAGAAUCUCCCAUUUCUUGAAAAGGAUUGUCGCAAUUAUAUUGACAAGGCAAGACAUCUACGACUUGGCGCAGGUGGUGCUGUAACACUUCGACAGUAUUUUUUACGGAUGCAAUACAAAAAUCCUGAAUUUUUUUCUAUGAUGGACAUAGAUGAUAACAGGAAGUUAAAGAACGUCUUUUGGGCAGACCCCUGUAGUAGAGCAACGUACCAAUAUUUCGGCGAUGUGGUGACAUUCGACACCACAUACCUAAAGAAUCGAUAUGGGAUGCCCUUUGCACCAUUUGUUGGUGUAAACCACCAUGGACAGUCAAUUCUGUUGGGAGCCAACUUGAUUUCUAGUAAGGAUACCGAGACAUUUGUGUGGUUAUUCGACACAUGGUUGCAAUACAUGGAUGGAAUCGCUCUGAAAGCUAUUAUCACUGAUCAAGAUAGAGCGAUGAAAAAUGCAAUCGCUCUUGUCUUUCCAAAUACCCGGCAUAGAUUUUGUCUUUGGCAUAUACUGAAGAAAGUUCUUGAGAAACUUGGCUCAUAUGGUUCCUACAAAACUGGGAUGAAAAGUGCCUUGAUGAAAUGCAUAUAUGACACCCAACGUGUUAAUGAGUUUGAGAAGUGUUGGGAUGAGUUGCUUACUACUUACAACUUGCAUGAGAAUGCGUGGUUGCAGAGCCUAUACGUUGAGCGUGAACAUUGGGUACCGGCAUUUUUUAAGGAGUGUUUUUGGGCUGGAAUGAGUACAACGCAGCGAAACGAGAGCAUGAAUGCAUUCUUUGAUGGUUAUGUACAUUCUAGGACAAACUUAAAGGAGUUUGUAGACCAAUUUGAUAAAGUGUUGAAAAAAAAGAUUGAGAAUGAAAAUCUCGCAGACUUCCAGUCAUUUAAUGUCACAAUCCCUUGCAUAUCUCGAUCGCCAAUUAAAAAGAGGUUCCAAGAGUUGUACACGAUUGCUAAGUUCAAGGAAGUUCAGCAGCAAGUCAACGGUAUCAUUGACUUGAAUCCGAAGUUACAUAAAAGUGAUGGUGCAGUAAAAACAUAUAUGGUUGAGGAUGAAGCAGCUUUGGAGGAGUUCACUAAGUUGGUUCGGCAUUUUGUGGACUUUAGUGAGGAUGAUGCAGUUGCAAAGUGCUCUUGUGGUUUAUUUGAGAUGAGGGGGAUAUUGUGUCGGCACAUUUUGGCUGUAUUCAGGUGUAACGAUAUUAGAUAUUUUCUGGAAAUAUACAUUUUAGAUCAAUGGAGGAAGGAUAUUAAAAGACGGUACACAUUAAUCUACAAUAGCUUUGAUGAAGGGGACCAACAGCCAAAUGCUAAUAGAUAUUCAAGUUUUUAA